AGAUAACCAAGGCAAAAUGGCGGACGAUGGGGACAAAUCCGAAUCUGGCCAGAUCAAAGAGAAGGCAAAUCCAAAACCAGAGCUAAAAAAUACAGAAAAAAAUAAGGAGGAUGCCUUUAAUGAAUUUUACACAGAGGCAAUUAUUUUAUUGUUAAAAUUUUCGGCAAAGCAUGUAAAAGAUAUUGAAGAAAGAGACUCAGUUUUAACCCCAAAGCAACAAAUAGACCGUCUAAAUAGACCUGGCUCCACGUAUUUUAAUUUAAACCCUUUUGAUGUACUCCAAAUUGAUCCGGAAACUCCUCUCGCGGAAGCAAAAAAGAAAUAUAGAAGAUUAUCCAUAUUGGUUCAUCCUGAUAAAAACUUAGACGAUAGGGAACGUUCCCAAUUGGCAUUUGAUGCCUUAACAAAAGCUUACAAAACUCUAGAAAAUGAAGAAGGAUAUAAAAGAUGUCAAGAGAUAGUUGAAGAAGCUAAAACGUUAACAAAUGAAAUGAUGGUAAAAAAGAAGAAGGAGCAGAAAAAGGCUGGAAAAAGCCAAAUUUUACCUGAGGAUGAUCCUGAUAAAUAUAAACACGCCGUUUACGUCCAAACAUGUAAGUUAUUCGCUGAUUUAGAAAGAUUAAGACAGAAUGAGGAAAUGAAAAAGCAAAAUGAAAAAAAGAGAAAAGCUGAAGAAGAAGAGCUGGAGGAGGAGAGGAAAAAAGUUGAAUCUGAAUGGAAUAAAAAUUACGAAGAAAGUAGACAAGAUCGUGUUAAAUCUUGGCAUAAUUUUACUAAAGGUACUAAGAAGAAGAAGAGAGAAGGCUACACUCCAGGCACUUUUCGUCCACCAAAAACAAAAAUGGAAAGAAAAGAAUAA